UCUCACCCUAUCUCCGCUGAGUUCGUCGAAUCUGGGGGUGGAGAGCCCCGCCCCCGGAUUGACGGCGAGGAUGCCAUAGAAGUCACAGGUUCUAUCGCGAUGGAAAAAACCAGCAACAACUCCCAGCACGUCGAGGGCGCCCCGACGCUCGAAUCGGGCAAGAAUCAGGCGUUUUACGUCGAGGAUCGUGUCGCACAUCUCUCGGAGGAACAUCGCCAGUAUCUUCUUGCCAGACAUGGGACGUUGGAUCUCGAUCCCAUUCCGGAUAUGAAUGAUGCUGAUCCAUAUAAUUGGCCGACCUGGCGGAAAACACUAAACCUCUCCCUUGUCGUCUUCCACGCCAUGAUCGGCCUCUUCACAGCAGCCUCAAUCCAAUCCGCCUUCGUCAACAUCUCCGCCGACCUAGGCGUCAGCAUGCAGAGGACCAGCUACCUAGUCUCCCUCUUCAUCGCCGUGCUGGGCGGCGCACCGCUGUUCUGGCGUCCGCUCGGUAAUCGGUUUGGCCGACGGCCAAUUUUUCUUAUCUCCUUGAUUUGUAGUCUGGUUGGGAAUAUCGGCUGUGCGGAGAGCCAUUCGUAUGGGACUAUGGGUCUGUGCCGCGCUAUCACGGCCUUCUUCAUUUCGCCAGCAGCCGCGAUUGGGUCUGCUGUUGUCGCGGAGGUUUUCUUUAAGCGUGAUCGUGCGAGGUGUAUGGGGUACUGGACACUUAUGGUUACUAUCGGUGUGCCUAUUGCGCCGUUUCUGUUCGGGUUUGCGGUUAUGCGGGUUGGGUAUCGGUGGAUUUAUUGGACGUUGGCAAUUGUCAACGGCAUCCAAUUUAUCCUCUACCUCCUCCUCGGCUCCGAAUCCCUCUAUCUCCGCAACGAAACAGCCUCAAGCAACGUCACAAGCGUGAACGAAGGCAUGUUUAAAUUCCGCCGCAUCGACCCCACACCCCUACGGCCCUGGGAUUUCAUUCAACCACUCUCAUACGUCGCUAAACCCUGUGUCAUGAUUCCCGCUGCCGCAUACGCAAUGAUCUUCCUCUGGGGAAGUAUAAUGCUUACAAUCGAGAUCCCGCAGAUCUUCCCCGAGCAGUUCGGCUUCAAUACACAGCAGGUCGGCAUGCAGUUUCUGGGAUUGAUUAUCGGGUCUGUGCUUGGUGAGCAGAUUGGGGGCUUAAUUUCUGAUCGCUGGAUGCUGCUGAGACAGAAGAGGGGGGGUGUAUACCCGGAGCCGGAGUUUAGGCUUUGGUUGAGCUAUAUCGGUCAUGCGCUUACGGUUUGUGGGGUCGUGGUUUUUUGUAUCCAGCUGGGUAAGGCUGGUGAGAGCUGGAAUAUAACGCCUAUUGUUGGGGCGGCCGUUGCGGCCAGUGGAAAUCAGAUUGUUACGACGAUUAAUAUAACCUACGCGGUUGAUUGUUAUCGGGCUGAUGCGGCGAGUGUUGGGGUUUUUAUUACUUUUGUGCGGCAGAUGUGGGGGUUCAUUGGACCUUUCUGGUUCCCUGAGAUGUUCGAGAAUGUUGGAUGGGGUGCUGGUGCGGUGGCAGGGAUCGAAGUGGCACUGAACGGAGGGCUGUUGAAAUCCUACGCAGGUGGUCUCAUGCAGCUUGAUCUUGUCGCUCAUGGUUCUCUUCCUCAUGUCCCAGAACUUAGCCUAGGGAUGGUGAAAGCCCGGGCCGACGAAGGGAAGUGCAAAAAUGUCCGCACUACCACGAGGGUCAUUGAAUCUCUAGAGACGAAGCAAUCCCUGAAAUAUUCAAGGAUGAUCCUUGCAAAGUAG